CCUUUCGACCGCCUUCAGGUUAAGGUUAAGAUGGACUCUGGCUCGGCGAAACAGCCAAUCCGGGUAAGCGAUCUACCGAUGUGGCGUCUGGCAAGGGUGGAGCCACGAGGAGGUACGGCCACAGAAAAGCGCGGCCGGUUGCGCAUUUCCUUCUGCAAACCACAGGCAGAGAAAUUAAACCAAUUUCUAGAAUCCUCCCGUGCAUCUGCCACGCGAGAAUUCUCCGACCAUUUCGUGACUCUCAGACGGACGACUGUUCCCCCGUCAGGAUCACCAAGCGGUGGUACAGCCGUAGUCGUCAAGAUGUUUUCCUCUUUCAUUCGCGGGGUAGCCUCGGUCAAGUCGCAAGUGCCACUAUUAAGGAGCCUGCGCCUCAACUACAUCUUGAUACACUAUAUUUAUAUCAUUGCGAUGGCCAUAAUCACCUCGAUUAUUAUCUACCCAGGAAACGACCUCGCUUAUAUCGAUGCGCUCUUCUUCUCAGCGGGGGCCGCCACGCAGAGUGGGCUGAACACGAUAGACUUCAACCUACUGAAAACAUACCAGCAGGUCAUCCUCUACUGGGUCUCCAUGCUGACGACCCCCAUUUUCAUCAACACCGUUCUUGUCUUUGUCCGACUGUACUGGUUUGAAAAGCGAUUUCAGCAUGUGGUUCGUGAUGCUCGAGCUUUGCGCCAAACCCGAUCCAGAAUGCGGACGAUUAGCGAAGACAAGGAUAACCAAAAUCACAACCGGGAGGAGGCUGGCGUCGGGGGUCGCGCCAUUGUGGUGUUGCGCGAUAAUCAAGGAGACCCCCGGGACCGUGAGCAACCAGACGCCAUCUACAAAACGUCUUCCGACAGUGGCUCGGGACCCAGUUCUUCGGGUGCCAGAGAUGAGAGUGGCAAUACCUCCGAGCAAGAAACCGAUAGCAACAACUUGAGGCGAGAGUUCGGGAGUCUCCGGGUUCCGGCUCAAUUGAGCCCCGAACAUCACAUUGCCUUCUUGGAGAAUCAACGGAGGACCAAAGGUGCCUUGAGGAUACCUAGUCCGAGGGAGUAUGACCGUGGUGGCGUUCCCGAGGUCCUGGAAGAAGAGGAGGGUGGAGGGGUAGAAGCCGCUCGCAAGACCAGCAAUCAAUCCGACGAUCCACCGAGUCCACGCCAUGUGGAGGAGGACGACCGGGUAGGGCCGAUGGAGGGGCCGCAUAUUACCAUCAAUGAGCCAGAUAUGAUACGGACACGGACGAGGAAUUCCACCUUUCCCCGGUUAGACACCCGUCCUACCGUGCGCGAGACGGCGGACUUGAGCGAUCCAUCGCCUCUGGCCCGCACCACCACCCGGAGACCCACGUUCACCGGCGUGUUUCGGUCCCUGACGCAGGAGAGAGACCGGAACACGCUUCCCUAUCUGAGCUGGAAUGCGACGGUCGGCCGUAAUUCCCAGUUCGUUGACUUGACCGAGGAGCAACGGGAUGAGCUAGGAGGCAUCGAAUAUCGAGCACUCAAAACAUUGGCAGUCGUGCUGAUCUCGUACUAUGUCUUUUUCCACCUACUAGGGAUUAUCUGCUUGGUGCCGUGGAUCCUGACGACUCGCUGGGGUGUGGUUGUCACUAGUAUUGGGCAAGGACGACCUUGGUGGGCGAUCUUCACGGCUGCAUCCUCUUUCAACGACGUGGGAUUCUCCAUCACCCCUGACUCGAUGAGCUCCUUCCAAGAAGCCGUCUUUCCCCUGCUUCUGCUGGCCUUCCUCAUCAUCAUCGGUAACACAGGCUUUCCCUGUAUGUUGCGAUUGAUCAUUUGGGUAUUGUCCAAGCUUGUGCGAAAAGAAUCCCCCUUGUGGGAAGAGUUGAAGUUUCUCUUAGAUCAUCCUCGUCGCUGCUUCACCCUUCUCUUCCCCCGCAAUGCUACUUGGUGGCUGUUUGCCAUCCUGGUGGCGUUGAACGGGAUUGAUUUGAUCUUUUUCAUUAUUCUAGACUUGAAAGAUUCGGCAGUCACCUCUCUAUCCACCGGUAUCAAAAUCUUAGACGGCCUUUACCAGGCCGCGUGCACGCGUACUGCAGGCUUUGCUGUCGUCAGCAUAUCAGAAUUGCAUCCCGCUGUCCAGGUAUCCUACAUGAUCAUGAUGUAUAUCUCCGUUUUUCCGAUCGCCAUCUCUCUUCGUCGAACCAAUGUGUAUGAAGAGAAAAGUCUCGGCGUCUACCCUGCAGAUGAUGAGGACAACGAUGAGAACCAGACCGCGCCGAGUUAUAUUGGAGCUCACUUGCGGCGGCAGCUGAGUUUCGACUUGUGGUACGUGUUCUUGGGGUUGUUUAUCAUCACCAUUGUAGAAGGAGGACGCCUGCAGCGCCAGGACGAUUACUCGUUUCAAAUCUGGUCGGUCCUUUUCGAGGUCGUCUCCGCCUAUGGCACUUUGGUUAUCAUCGCCAUGCAAGUCCGUGGUCGGCAUCGUGGCCUCCCCUACUCACUGGACCGUGCCAUCUUGCUUCCAUCCGAGGCUUUGAACCACCAUGAAAUUGCGGAUGCAGAGCGUCGAAUGCGCCGCCGUGCCUCGAGUCUCAGCCAGAUGUCUACGGAUCACCGGCUGUCCCAGGCUCAGGAGAACGGCAUGUCCACCGGACAAGACCCCAGAGACAAAAAUACGCCGUGGUUCAGUGGGAGCCCUGUCUUGCGUCGCCAGUCCACCCUGCGAUCACAGAGAUCUCAACGGUAG